GCGCAAGUCUGGAGGCUGUGCUUUAGUUAACUAACGGCAAUCUCGCUCAGAGCUGCUCCCAGCAAUUCCUCUCCCAGAAACUAAGGUUCUGCAAAACUUCUGAAAUUGUUUGCUGAAGUGGCAACUUUUAAAAUCGCGAGGAAGGAAAAGUAUCCUGUGAACGGAAAGUUAUUUUUGCCUGCGUUUUUCUGUGUGUGUGUGUGUGUGUGUGUGUGUUGCCCCUUUUUGUCCAGCCCCACACCAGGAAACAUCUCUCUAUAUUCCUCUUGUCAAAAUGUUCAGUUGGAUGAAGAAGCACGAGAAGAAGAAGGAGGAGGUGAUUGAGAAGGCUCACACGGUGACAGAGGGCCUGAAGGAGCUGUACAAAACAAAACUCUUGCCCCUGGAGAACUUCUACAAGUUUCACGAUUUUCACACUCCUUCCCUGGAAGAUGCGGAUUUUGACAAUAAACCCAUGAUCCUGGUGGUGGGGCAGUAUUCCACUGGGAAGACCACUUUCAUCCAGUACCUGCUGGAGGAAGACUUUCCUGGGAGUAGAGUGGGACCCGAACCCACCACCGACUCUUUUAUCGCUGUGAUGCACGGAGAGACGGAGAGUGUGAUCCCAGGGAACGCCCUAAUGGUCGAUGCCAACAAACCUUUCCGCAAACUGACCCCUUUUGGAAACUCCUUUCUCAACAGACUAACGUGUGCGCAGCUGCCGAACAAAGUCCUGGAGAGUAUCAGCAUCAUCGACACCCCUGGCAUUCUGUCAGGUGCCAAGCAGAAAGUGACCCGAG